AUGGCUACACGGGUAUGGGGCUCUGCGACCCCUUCCAUGCGUUCGAUCAUUCGCCCAUCGGUCUCUGCUGUCCGUGUUCCCCUUCGAACAUCCCGGCGUGGGCUUGCUAGCCAGAAUGCGCAACAGCCCAAUGGGGCUCCGAAUAUGGUCGUGCGUGGCCUAGGCGCGGCAGUCGCCGGAGCUGCAGUCUAUAUUGGAUAUUCCUUCAUGAAAGGAGACUUUGAGGAUGUACCUCAUGAGAUCAAGGCUGCUGCAGAGAAGCAGAUGAUCAACCUCCAAGACUCGCAAGAACAGCUCGUCCAGGAAAAGCGAAGCUUGAGGAGCCCCGGAGUCUACAUGUGUGGCUCUAAUGUCUACAAAGUGGUGGAUCCAGGUUCCAAAGACACCAAUGUGAAAACACCCCGUCGGCUCAAGUACUUCAAUGGCCAGGUGCUCCGCGAUCUGAAAGCUGGUGAGAAAGCUGGUGCUGCGAUCACGGAAAAUGGCGAUCUGGUACAGUGGGGCAAGGGCUUCUCUGAGAAGGAAUUCAAGCCAACGAAGACUUUGGUUGGCAAGGAUCUCAAGUCUCUCGCCUUGUCCGAGAACCGGGUUGUUGCUCUGUCGUCGGAUGGCACGGUUUAUUCAUUGCCAAUUGCCAAGGAGGAGCAGCAGACUGGGCCUAAGACACAAGAGGGCUCCUGGAUACCUUUUUGGACCACUCAGUCACCUCUGAGUUAUCGCACCUUGAAGCCGACGCUGGGCUUUGGUGAGAAGGUGACCUCUAUCUCGGCAGGCCAGGAGCACGUGGUUCUUCUAACAAGCUCUGGCCGCGUCUUUACUGCUGCCGCGUCAACUGAACAUUACCCUUCCCACGGCCAGCUCGGUGUGCCUGGGUUGACAUGGUCGACCCGUCCCAAGGGCCCUGUAGACCUGUGCCAUGAGGUCACUGCUCUUGUGGGCUCUCCAGUAUCCAAGAUCAGCGCUGGCGACUACCACUCGCUUGCGCUGACCAAGGACGGCCGCGUCUUUGCCUGGGGUGACAACUCGUUUGGUCAACUUGGCGUCGACUAUGACUCAGAACAAACUUUCAGAGACACCCCCUUCGCUCUUUCCCUGCAAAAGCUUUAUCGCCGAGGAUUGUAUGCCGUGCAGGCGACCAAUAUUGCUGCUGGUGGUGCUGGCAGCUUUUUCACAGUUGAUGCCCAGCGCGUCCUGGGCCCCGAGGAGAAUCCUAAAUUGGUUCGAGAUCUGGGCCACGUCACUGCUGAUACAUGGUCCUGUGGCAAAGGCAUUUGGGGUCAAUUGGGUACAGGCCGGUGGGUUCAUCUCCAGGAUUCACCCGCCAAGGUGAAGGAUCUGAGCGGACUUGCAGAAUACGAUGAAGUCAAGAAGCAAUUGACACCUAUCCGUCUUCGCGACAUCUCCGUGGGGACGACACAUGUCGCUGCUGUCAUGGACAACAAGAGUGCCAUCACGACCAAAACAACCGAAUCUCUUGAUAAGUCGCGUGACUUUGGCUACGACGUGCUCUUCUGGGGAGGCAACGAGCAUUUCCAGCUGGGUACGGGAAAGCGGGUAAACUUCUCCCGACCAAGCUAUAUCAAGGCACCAUCAGAGGUUUCAAAGAAGGACGAACCCGAUGCACGCCUACAGAUCAUGCCGCAGCACAAGGGUAAGGUAGAUAAGCGAUCUGUCAAGAUGGAGCAAAGAGUCGAAUGUGGUCGCCACGUAACUGCCAUCUAUGCCGCGACAGUUUGA